AACCCUCCCCGCCACCCCAAAGCCGCCCCCGGGAGCCCACGCUGACGCUGUCUCGGCAGCGCGCUAGCUCCGCCCCGCCAGCCCCGCCCCCCUGCCCCCUCGCCCUCCCUCAGGAGAGCCAACGCGCACGAACUGGGGCGUGAGGCGUCAGGGACGCGCGGGCACCUCAUCAUUCCCACCUUCCUACACUGUGCUACUUUUCGGUGUGAGUCAUUCCAGCUUAUCUUCCCCUUCCGUGAGUCUCUCCUUUUCUCUUCUCAGAGACCCCACUCGUCCCGCAGGCGGCCACCUCCGCUGCAGCUCUCGCGCCCCCAGCGAGCAGUGCGCGUGCGCGCACGGCGGACGCGGGCGCGCGGCCGUCGAGUCCCCGCGCUCCCACCCUCCUCCCGCUGCUGUAUAACUUGACUGGCUUGGAGGAGGCGCCGCCGGAGUCGGAGGGCGGGGAGCUCGGAGGAGGGAGCUCGAGAGUUGUGGAGACUAGUGACUGGGAGAAGUCGCAGCCUGCUCGGGUCAGCUGCUUCCCGCUCUCCGUCUCUCUCUUACAGACCUACUUCGCUUCCCGCCCCAGCCCCCGCGCUUUGCUCCUUCUCUCUCCCGGGGGCCCCUGCCGGUCGCUCUCCGGGUUUCGGCGCGGCGGGGGCGCCCCGGGGGUGCCCUCGCCCUCCGGGUGCUGGCGGACGGGCGGCGGGCGGGAUGUGGCGCCUGGUGCCCCCGAAGCUGGGCCGCCUGUCCCGCUCGCUGAAGCUGGCGGCGCUGGGCAGCCUGUUGGUGCUGAUGGUGCUGCAUUCGCCGUCGCUGCUCGCCUCCUGGCAGCGCAACGAGCUGGCCGACCGGCGCUUCCUGCAGCUCAAUAAGUGCCCGGCGUGUUUCGGAACUAGCUGGUGCCGCCGCUUCCUCAACGGGCAGGUGGUGUUCGAGGCGUGGGGCCGCCUGCGCCUGCUGGACUUCCUCAACGUGAAGAACGUCUACUUCGCGCAGUACGGCGAGCCCCGCGAGGGCGGCCGCCGCCGAGUGGUGCUCAAGCGCCUCGGCUCGCAGCGCGAGCUGGCGCAGCUCGACCAGAGUAUCUGCAAGCGGGCCACCGGCCGGCCCCGCUGCGACCUGCUCCAGGCCAUGCCCCGCACCGAGUUCGCGCGCCUUAACGGCGACGUGCGGCUGCUCACGCCGGAGGCGGUGGAGGGCUGGUCCGACCUGGUGCACUGCCCCUCGCAGCGCCUGCUCGACCGCCUGGUGCGCCGCUAUGCCGAGACGAAGGACUCCGGCAGCUUCCUGCUCCGCAACCUUAAGGACUCGGAGCGCAUGCAGCUGCUGCUGACCCUGGCCUUCAACCCCGAGCCGCUGGUGCUACAGAGUUUUCCAUCUGAUGAAGGUUGGCCAUUUGCAAAGUAUCUUGGAGCUUGUGGAAGAAUGGUGGCUGUAAAUUAUGUUGGAGAAGAACUGUGGAGUUACUUUAAUGCACCAUGGGAGAAACGAGUUGACCUCGCUUGGCAAUUAAUGGAAAUAGCAGAGCAGCUCACAAACAAUGACUUUGAAUUUGCACUCUACCUCCUGGACGUCAGCUUUGACAAUUUUGCUGUUGGUCCUAGAGAUGGGAAGGUAAUCAUUGUGGAUGCUGAAAAUGUUUUGGUUGCUGACAAAAGGUUAAUCAGACAAAAUAAGCCUGAAAAUUGGGAUGUAUGGUAUGAAAGCAAAUUUGAUGACUGUGAUAAAGAGGCUUGCUUAUCAUUUUCAAAAGAAAUUCUUUGUGCUCGAGCCACUGUGGACCACAAUUAUUAUGCUGUUUGUCAGAACCUCUUAUCCAGACAUGCCACCUGGCGUGGCACUUCUGGAGGACUCCUCCAUGAUCCGCCAAGUGAAAUUGCCAAAGAUGGCCGCCUCGAGGCCUUGCUGGAUGAGUGCGCCAACCCAAAGAAGCGCUAUGGCAGAUUCCAGGCUGCGAAAGAACUGCGUGAAUAUCUAGCACAAUUAAGUAACAAUGUGAGGUAGUCUACGGUGAACUUGUCUUUGCUUUUCUUCAUUUACAUAGCACUGGCUAAAAGGAAAACUACCAAAAACUAUCUGGAAAAAUGAAAUUUGGAAGUAAUACUUCCAAAUGGAUGAUAAACUUGCACUGACAGAUCUUAUGUUAACAUCCACCAAAAUAAGACAUGAUUUCAAAAAUCACACGAUGCUUCUGCAGAUAAGUUUGUUCUUAAACUUUGGAGGCUUGAGCUCUCAUUGACCGCUUCAGCCCCUGAAUGCCUGACUGGAUUAAUGAGUAUUGUUAAGCUAUUGGAAAUGAGUCUGAUAGUUAUAUUGGCUUGUGUAUCAAAGGGUACUUGGUACUUGACUUAGUUUGCAUUACUGUCAUGAUUUUGUGAAUCUCUUUUAUUUACUUUGAAUACCAAGUUAAAUUGGCCUGUUUUAUAGGCUACUUUUUCCUUCUGGUGUAUAGGGUUGUUUUUUUUUCUCUUCCAUUUUUAUGUUUUUUAUUAAAUUUUUACACAUUCAGGUUACUAUAGGUGUUCAUUUACAGUUGGGCUAGUUUUCAUUCAGGGCUUUGUGGUACAUAUUUACUGUUAGGAUUCCCAGGUUUACUGUGUCUUUUUUUUGAAAAAACAGAAUUCAGUUUUCAGAAAACUGAAUAUUUUAUUGUGUAAAUACUUAUAUUUCUUCCCACUUUCUGUGGUUUCACCAUUGCAUGAGAUCAUUUAAGGUUAUUUAACAGUUACAUCCCUCUAUGCCAAUAAAUUAUAACUGUACACUUAAUAUGAACUUUGGCAUAUGUUGCAAAAUGUCAUUUUUGUCCCUUAAAAUGCUUUAAGAGUAUACUAGCAGUCUAUACCUUGAUGUUAAUUUGAGAGGAAAAAAUAAACAGUAUUUUUUAAAUGCUAACUUGUCCAGGAUAGUAAUGCAUAUGCCAAAGAAAUAAUUAGACCUAGUCCUAGAUUUUAAAAUUGGUCACCUACUUAUUCUUACUAUCCUACUUCCAAUACUUUGAGUCUGUCAUUAUUAAAUUCAUAUCUUCCUGGUUAUUCUUUACUGUUGAAAAAUUGUGCUACUGUUCCAAACAUAUGUAACUUAAGUUACAUUUUUGUAACUUCAGCGUGGUAGUUUUGCAAAAAUCAGCGUGGUAGUCAUUGUUUGAGUUUAAUCUGGCAUCAUAACAUUUUAUUUAUUGAUGGACUAGUAAUUCUAACUAUAAAGCAGACAGGUUUAGCCAUUCUGUCCAACUUGGUCUUCAUUUCCCUAUUGUUAACCAUCAACAACAUCAAAUUUAAGUAUGUGGAUAAAAAUUAACAAAUGUGUGAAAUUUCUCUCGGCUGUUUUUAAAAGUUAAAAUAUAUGUAUAUAUAAAUUGGCUAAAGCUAAUGUAGGUGAUAUUUUUCUGUUUGAAAUCAUAACUUUUGUUUACAGCAAAGUUUGAUGUAGUGUGCAGUAUUUAGUUCUAGACUGAUCUUAUUCUAAUCAGAACAUGAUUAAAGUAUGCACAACCAAAGCCAUGUUUUUCUUUUUCAUUCAUUCAGCAACUAUUUAUUGAGCAUCAACUCUGUGCCAGAUGCAUUACUAGCUGCUACACACUGUCUGAACAUGACAUAUGGUUAAGUAACUUUACAUUGAUUAUCAAAGACUUUAAUGUGGAUAUUUCUUAAGUUGAAAUAGCAUUCAUUAGGAUGUUGCUUUCAUGUUAUUUUACUGUUGUGAUGGAAGUUCUACCUGUACUAUCUAUAACGGUUGCUAAAGAAAGAGCAGGAGGAAAUCAAUAAAGUUAAUCCCAGUUUAAAAACUGGAAGAAGGGUAAGAUCUCUUCAUUACAAAAUACAUUGCAUUAUGUUAAUUUUUAUACGUCAGUACAUUACAUAUGCCAAUUAGCCCUCAAAGAAAUAUUCAAGUGCUGGAAAUUUUACAAGCUGACUUUUUACAACUUUGGAAAACUUUUGAGGGGAGUAGGUAAAAUUACUUGUCAGACAUUCGCCUCUUGCCCAAAACUUCGAAAAAAAUACACAUUUCAAAAUGGAGCACCUUUUAUAUUUGUAGAAGUAUUCAUUUCAAACCUUAGAAUGCCAGUCAUUAGAGCAGUUGUCUUACUGUUUAGCAGACAUUGAUCUUACUUUUUGGAAGGGCGGCUGUGAUCGCAGAGCAGGAGGUGAGAAAACAGCGCCAGCAGUGAUUGCUCCUUGAGGUAGUUUUUGAUAACUGCCAUUUCCCCCGUGAGAUUAUGUGGGAUUUCUUCUAUCUUUGGAAAAGUUGAGGAGAAGAUAAUAAAAGAAUUAGGAAUUUUAAAUUACAGGGAAAAAUAUAUAUGUGAAAAGCAAUAAAUAUUUUGUUCACUUUGCUAUCAAGAUGUUCACUAUCAGAUAUUUAUUAUACAGUAGCAAUUUAUAUUUUUAAUCAUUGCCCAUUAAUAGACACAGUAAAAUAUUUUUGAAUCAGACAUUUGGGGUUUGUAUGUGCAUUAAAAUUGUCUUUUGUACUGUAAGUUACUGUUUAAUUUGAAUAUUUUAUCAGAACUGUCUCCCUGUGCCUUUAUAAUAUAAAGUUGUUUCUACAACUUUUAAUAAUCUUAAUAAAGAAUACUUUAAGAAUCACA